GGAAGACACGCGGAAAGCGGCAGGUGAGGUCGCCUGGGCCCUUAUUCCCGGGUGCGGCGGGGCAACGGUGGAGGAGCGACAGGGACCACGACUUUGCGAGGAGGUGCCGUUGCCUAGGAUACCCAGCACCGACACCCCAACAGCACCCAGUUCAAGAUGGGGUCCCAGGUCUCGGUGGAUACAGGAGCUGUGCACGUGGUUAUCGUGGGCGGGGGCUUUGGCGGGAUAGCGGCCGCCAGCCAGCUGCAGACGCUGAACAUCCCCUUCAUGCUGGUGGACAUGAAGGACUCCUUCCACCACAAUGUGGCAGCCCUCCGGGCCUCUGUGGAGAGCGGCUUUGCCAAAAAGACAUUCAUUUCUUACUCAGUGACCUUCAAGGACAACUUCCGACAGGGCAAAGUGAUUGGCAUAGACCUGAAGAACCAUACCGUGUUGCUACAGGGCGGUGAGGCCUUGCCCUUCUCCCAUCUCAUCCUGGCCACAGGCAGCACCGGGCCCUUCCCUGGCAAGUUUAAUGAGGUGACCUGCCAGGAGGCAGCCAUCCAGGCCUACGAGAACAUGGUGAAGCAGAUCCAGCUCUCAGAGUUCAUCGUGGUGGUGGGAGGUGGCUCCGCAGGAGUGGAGAUGGCAGCAGAGAUAAAAACGGAAUACCCCAAGAAGGAGGUCACUCUCAUCCACUCCAAAGUACAGUUGGCCGACCAGGAGCUCCUGCCCUGUGUGCGGCAGGAAGUAAAAGAGAUCCUCCUCCGGAAGGGCGUGCAGCUGCUGUUGAGCGAGCGGGUGAGCAACCUGGAGGAACUGCCUCUCAGUGAGUUCCGGGACUACAUCAAGGUGCAGACGGACAAGGGCACAGAGGUGGCCACCAACCUGGUGAUCCUGUGCAACGGGAUCAAGAUCAACAGCUCUGCUUACCACAGUGCAUUUGCAGAGAAUAAAUUGGCCAGCAAUGGUGCUCUCAAGGUGAACGAGUUCCUCCAGGUGGAAGGGUACAGCAACAUUUACGCCAUCGGCGACUGUGCUGACAUCAAGGAGCCCAAGAUGGCCUAUCUCGCUGGCCUGCAUGCCAACAUUGCCGUGGCCAACAUCGUCAACUCCAUGAAGCAGAGGCCCCUCAAAGCCUACAAGCCAGGUGCAUUGACAUUCCUCCUGUCCUUGGGCAGAAAUGAUGGCGUGGGCCAGAUCAGUGGCUUCUAUGUAGGCCGCCUCAUGGUGCGACUGGCCAAGAGCAGGGACCUCUUCAUCUCUACGAGCUGGAAAACCAUGCGUCAGUCACCACCAUGACAGGGAGGCUGUGUGGGAGUUGAGGUACCACUUGGAGGGGUGAUAGACUGAUUGACCAAGGACACCCUCCUGACAGGUGCCAAGAGCAAAAGCUCUUUGUCUGGAUCACGGUGUCAGUCGUGCGCUGGCUGGAAAUACAACUUGUAUGAAGCCCAAAAUGAGAGAUGGAGAGUAAAGGGGGAGACAUUAAAAAAGAAAAAAAAGCCCUA